GCCUCCACCGCCCUCCUGCACGCGCCACAUGCGGCUGGCGGCUCUGAGCCGAGAAGAGCUUAAUGAAAUUUUUUAGAGCCCAUCGCCAGGCCCAGCGAUAACCACCAGCAGCGAGCGCUUCACGAGAAUGGACGGCGGGCGCGAGUUUCCGAUCCCGGAUGGGUUUGAAGGGGGAGUAGAUCAGUAUCUGGUUAGUCUUGUGGGGCUUUAUCUCGAGCCGCUUGUGCAGGAUCUGGUGGGGAAAGUACAGAUCCUGGAUUUCUUCCUCGGCGAGAGAGACUUACUGCAGGAAACCGUCUCGGAGGAGUGGUUGCAGUUCUUUGACGAUGGCGACCUCGACCAGAUCUUGGAUUUUCUGAUAUUCUUUAAGAAUCCCGAAUCACUUCAUCCGCCCUCGUCGCUAGUCGACUUCAUAUCAAAGAUCCGACACCUCUCAAUAGACCGAACACUCCCCAAAGACCUGGCCUCAACAGCACCCCUGCCCUUCCUACAAACCUCAGCCCUCUCACUUGGAAUGUCUCCGAAAAAAAUCCACGAAUGCCAGUACCUCGCCGCCGCUGUCUCCUCCAUCUGCGACGACGUCGACACGCGACACGUCAUUGAUCUAGGCAGCGGCAAGGGCUAUCUCUCGCGCACUCUAGCCCACGAGUUUGACUGCUCGGUGGUCGCAGUCGAAUCUGUGAAAUCGAGAACUGAAGGUGCAGGUAGACUCGAUACCCUCUACGACAGCAAAGGCGGGAAACGGAAAGCCAAAGCGCUUGACGCAUACAGGGCGAAAGGGUCACUAAUACACGUCGAGAAAUUCGUCAGCAGUGGUGACUUGCACGAAGUGGUAGACCAGGCUGAGCUGUUGGAUGAGAAAGCCGUACUUGUCGGACUACAUACUUGUGGUAACCUUUCGCACCACGCGCUGCGCAGCUUAUUCGAGACUAAGGCAAUCCAUGGCGUUGCAGUGGUUGGAUGCUGCUACAAUCAAAUGACGGAAAAGCUAGCAGAUCACGAUGAUAUUGGAUUCCCAAUGAGCUCAAAAUUAGACACAUACAACAUCCCAUUACCAAUGUCUGCCCGUAUGCUAGCAUGCCAAGCCCCCGCGACUUGGACAAAAUCCUCCCGCGAAGACUUCUUCAAACGCCACUUCUACCGCGCCCUCCUCCAGCGCAUAUUCAAAGACCGCAACCUUCUCGAGUCCGACAAAGACAAAAUCGUCAUCGGCAGCCUCCGCAAACAAUGGUACACGUCAUUCAGCACCUACUGCACCGGUGCUUGCCGCCGCGCCGCUUCAGCUCACUCCUACCGCAUCCGCUCAUCCUCUCCCGCCGACUCGCAAAACCCUUUCGAAAUCACCCCUGAAGUCGCAGAGCAUUACCACGAUCUCUAUCUUUUGAAAAAACGAAGACUCAGUAUUCUCUGGACUUUGAUGGCUUGCACUGUCGCUCCCUUGACCGAGGCGCUCAUACACUUGGAUCGGUUCUAUUUCCUGAAGGAAAACGGCGCAAGAAAAGUCAGUGUCUCGGUGGUUUUCAAUCAAUCAAUCUCUGCCAGAAAUUUACUGGUCGUCGGUCUAAAGUGAAUUUUGUACGACUAUUUUUUCUCAUUGUGUAUGUGUAAGAUAUUGAAUUAAGGC